AUGAUAAUAUUGAUCGGGCUGUUACACAUCCUAAUUUGGUCACAAGUUAUAGAUGCCAAGUUGUUAGGUAACCAGUUCUAUGAAAAUACACUAAGUUCUAGACUGGGUCUUCAAGAUAUUGGUUCCCGAAACUUACUUAUUCCUUUGAACGUCACAAGAAACCCCGGCAGCGUUGAAUCUCAAGAGAUUCAAAAAUUCAUAUCAAACCACUUCAAGCAACUUAACAAUCCGUGGAUAUUCGAGCCUGAUUGUUUUAUUGAGAGAGAUUUAGAAUUCUGCAACUUAGUUUUUACCUUGGGACGAAAUGCAAGCAACUAUUUAGUUCUCGCCGCCCAUUAUGACUCGAAAAUAUUACCCGAGGGUUUCAUCGGCGCCAUAGAUAGCGCUGCAUCCUGCUCAGUUCUUUUGUAUGUUUCCGAGUUCCUAGAUACCUUUUUUGGUUCUUUAACGGAAUCGAUGGAAUCUACAGGGCUGGCCUCUGUGUUCGACGAGUUCGAUGGAAUCAAGGUCGUCUUCUUUGAUGGUGAAGAGGCUCUUGACCAGUGGACCACCAACGACUCGAUAUACGGCGCUAAACACCUAGCGGCUAGAUGGAAAAAAAGUGGCAUUUUGGACAGCAUUGGCUUACUUAUCUUACUCGAUCUGCUUGGCAGCAGGGAGGAUGUUAAAGUACCAAGCUACUUCAGCCAGUCGGAUCUGGUGUACAAUUCCCUGCUUGCAACAGAAACUCUCCAUCAGAACGAAUUGCCUCAUAAGAAGACUCUUUUCGACAGGGAUGACCUUCGCUUUUUAAAAUCUAACCGUAUUGUGAUCGAAGACGACCAUCUCCCAUUCUUGGCCUGCAACAUUUCUGUUCUGCAUCUCAUUCCUCUACCAUUUCCCUCUUAUUGGCACACGCUCGGGGACACUUUUGAUGAAGUGGACGAACGCAAGGUUCAAAAUUGGGCAAUUCUCUUAUGCGAGUAUGUAGCAUCUCAUGUAAUCCCAACUACAGAGUGA